AUGUGCAUGCACACAAUGAUUCUACUGGGUUUUGUGUGGUUUAGUCCGCCACUUCUUGUGGCCCUUGCCUCACCAACCCCUGCUACGAAUGAUGAGAGAGGCCCCUGUCAAAUCUACAACUCUGGACGCUCCGCAAACUGCCUUGGUCAGCGACUGGAUCAUGUUCCAUGGAAGCACCUCCCUUCCACGCUUGAAAGUAUAGAUCUCUCCUACAAUGAAAUUCAUGCCAUUCGUGUUAAUUACUUUUCUCGCCUACCUCAUCUUCGUGUCCUCGAGCUGCAGUUCAACAACAUCUCUGUGAUUGAGGACCGUGCCUUCCACAACAACCCCCUCCUGGAGCAUCUUAACAUCUUUAACAACUCCCUAGAGGAAAUCCCUGCCAACGCCUUGCAGGACCUCUUUAAUCUAAGGGAACUCCUUAUGUCGAAUAACCUUUACACCCAGGCCACAUUGUCAGCUGACGUUUUCUCCAGAUUGACCCACCUCAAGGCCCUGUCCAUGGGCGGCCCCUUGGUCAAGGGUCUAAGGAAAGGGGACUUCCAGGCAUUGAGGAACAUUCAGUUACAGGACUUUGCCAUUAAAACUUCAUCAAAUAUCAGUUACUAUGAACCGGGUAGUCUGAAGGUAAUCCAGACAGGUAGAAUGGGUUUUGACAUGGCCAUAGAUCAGAAGCCGAAUUUCCUACCUUUGAUUCUACGAGACAUGGCCAACAAGACUUUCAGUCUCAUCCAAUUCAGGAACCUCUUUGAGUUCAUGUAUUACAUGGGAGAUGAGGAUAUUUUCAGAGGCUUGCAAGACAUCAAAGUAGAUUCGCUCAUCUUUCACCGUGGAAAAUUCAAUGAGAACCUUAUGAGGAUGGCUCUGUUUAAUCUACAGGUCACCCCCCUUAAACGUCUGACACUUCAAUACAUUGACUUUGCUCGCUCGCCCAACUUUCUGGAUAAUGGCUUGGGAUCCAGUAUCAAAGACCUUGCACUGAGUAGACUAAAUCUGUGGCACAUCAGUAAUCCAGACAUUUUGCGAUUCGACUGGCGCUUCACAUGGUUCAACAAAGUCCGACUGCUGUCCAUUCAGAAUGUCAACUUCAACUCUGUGCCUUGUGAUGCCUGGCUUAAUAUGGAAGACAUGGAGGUUUUGGACAUCUCAAACAACCGCCUGCAGGACAACAUCCUCUUCAACCAGAGAUGCGACUACAGGGGCACCAUGCCGGCUCUUCGUUCCUUCAAUGUCAGCACCAACCAACUGACCAGCCUUCAGGACUUAGCCUCCCUGACCAGGGAGUUCAAACAGUUGAAGGUCCUGGAUGUCAGCCACAACAUGCUGGGCUCUGCUGAGAAGAGUCGCAACUGUAACUGGAUGCAGAACAUCACCCAGGUGAUCGCUCACCACAACAGAUUCGAAAGUGGUGCCCUCCAGUGUCUGCCCACCACAGUACAAUUCCUGGACCUCUCGUACUGUGACCUGGACCAGCUGGACAUGGCCUACUUCCAACAAACCAUCAGCCUCAAGGAGCUCCUGCUCAAUGGGAACAAGAUCAAGUUCAUCCCCUCUGGGUGGAGAAGUUACUCCUUGCAGUCACUGGCUCUGGAUGGGAACUCCUUUGGGCUCAUCAGCAUGGGCUCCUUCCAGGACAUGCCCCAGCUGUCUCGACUGACGGCGGGGAACAACCCAUUUCACUGCACCUGCGACCUCCAUGCCUUCAUCCAGGACACAAUUUCCAAGGGGAAGGUCAACAUCACUGACUGGCCAGAGAACUACAAGUGUUACCAUCCAGAGGCCCUGCUCAAUAUCGCUGUGGCAAAUUUCUUCCCGGGUCACGUGGCCUGCGAUAUCAGACUGGUCAUCAUCAUCUGUGUGGCUACUACUGCAGCUGUGGUUUUAGUGUUGAUGCUUAUAUGCUACAUAUUCAAUGUUCCCUGGUACAUCAAAGCCACAUAUCAGAUCCUCAGAGCCAAAUACAGGGCUCAUCAGGAAGGAGCAUCUGGAAAAUCACAGAUCUAUGUUUACCAUGCCUUUAUCUCCUACAGCCACCCAGAUGCAGACUGGGUCAGGGACCAGUUGUUGCCCUGCUUGGAGAACAGCAAGCCCCCCUACCGACUCUGUAUCCAUGAGAGAGACUUCAUGCCAGGAAAGUGGAUCAUCGACAACAUCAUUGAAAAUAUUGAGAGCAGCGAAAAGGUCAUAUUUGUGUUGUCACACCACUUUGUGAACAGCGAUUGGUGCAACUACGAGCUCUACUUUGCCCAGCAAAGAGCCAUCGGCAAGACCUUCAGCGAUGUUAUUCUGGUGGUGAAAGAGCCCAUCGACCCUGAAUCUCUGCCCAGCAAGUAUUGUAAGCUCAAGAAGAUGCUGAACACCAAAACGUACCUAGAGUGGCCCCAGCAAGCCAAGCAGCAGACCUUCUUCUGGGCUCAACUUAGGAGCUGCCUGGGCAAGCCCACAGUGACUAGAGAGCAGGCUCUUAGUGGUAGGAGCAGCAGUGUAUCCUCAGUGGGCGCUGUGCCUGUGAUAGAGCUCCCUCUAGAGGAUGGGAAUCCAGCGAUAGCUAUGCCAAAUUUAGACAGAGAAGCAGAGCUCCACAAAGUAGUUCCUCAGGAGAUCGAAAAUAUUUCAGUGAGAAGUGCAGAGUUUUAUGGGCAAAGACCAAUCCCUGUAGCCGUGGCAUCAGACAAAAUAAGCCAAGCAUGUAGCUUGUAA